AGACAUCUUCCUGCUCGCAUCCAUUCUAUCAACUCAAUCCCAAUGCUGAUCUCCUUGUUGCUAAUGCACGGCAUGAUCUGGCUGGGGGUCAGGGCAUACAAUCCCAUCAGCGCCUGGCUGUUUACGAUCACUUCUAUCCAUUGCAUUACCAGCAUCGAUCCCAGUGGUACCUCAAGCCUUGUCAUUGGCACUGCUGCGCUCCCUCAUCGCGAAUACGGUGUCGGAAGUAUAGGUUACCUAGGAGCCGGACAAUCUGUCACCACCAAUAUCCCGGGUGGGCAGCAAACCCUCGUUGCCUAUCCGUCGGAUUUAUCAUUCGUGAUGACCGUUUGGAACGCACCUAAUGCUACUGCUGCAGUGUCACAGGGUGAGUAUGGAUACAGUCUUGAAUUGUUCGCAUCUGAUUCGACUUAGCCCUGACAUACAGCUUGCCAAG